UUUGACUUAUCCAGGAAACCACUUGAUCGACAGUGUAAUCCGUAAUUUAAAUUACAACGUAUGUAUCAUUUGUGUUCAUAACCUGUACAAUUGAACUUAAUAUUUUUAUUUCAUUUUAAAUAAAAUAAUAAACACCGUGAACAAAUUUAUAAUUUAUCGUAAAAAUGUUAGAUUCGAAUUCAAAUAACAUUAUACUUUUAAAAAAACAAUUUCUUUGUUGUACACCAUUAAGUAAAUUUAAAUGGCCAGAUAUUUCGUUCUUGAAAGAUGUUGAAAUUCAAAAAGAAAUUAUUCAACAAACUGUCACCGAUGAGAAUGUGUUGAAAUAUCCAAUGAAGCAGUCAUACGUAAAAGCUUUUUUAAAAUUUUUGAUUGACAUGCUAGAAAAUAUUGGCGCUGAUGUUGAUGAAAGCAUUUAUGAUGCAUAUUGUGAAAUUAUUUCCAAAACAACUGGAGAAAAUUCAAUGCAUUACAGACAUUUUUUUAUAAAAGAUGAAACUGUUUCCCACACACUUAUUAUUAAAGAAAGCCAUAACAUAAUAUCUCAAGGCACUACUGGCUUAUGUUCGUGGAAGGCAGCUUUUCAUUUAGCAGAAUGGUGCAUAGCUAAUAAAAAUUUCUUAAAAGGAAAAUCAAUUCUUGAACUAGGAUCAGGCGUCGGUUUGAGUGGUCUUACUGCAUUAAAGUUUUGUGAACCAUCACAAUAUUACUUUUCUGACUGCCAUCCUGUAGUUUUAAAAACUCUUGAGGAAAAUAUAAGAUUAAAUCUAUUAAUGAAACAUGAAAAACCAAUAUGGAUAGAAAGCACUAUAAACGAUCAAAUACAGUUUUCAAGAAAUAAUGCAGGACAAGUUUCUAAUGUAUCAAUACUCAAUUUGUUAUGGGAAGAUAUUGAUGAAAGUAAAGUGAUCCAACUCAAGGCUGAUAUUGUAAUAGCUGCAGAUAUUUUAUAUGAUAGCUCAUCAUUUGAAUCGUUGGUUAUCAGUUUGAAAAGACUUUUAGAAAAAACUGCUAAUUUGGCUGUUAUAGCUGUUACAAUAAGAAAUGAAAUGACUCUAGAACAUUUUUUGCAUUUGAUAGAUCAAUAUGGCCUUAAAAUUGAACUGGAAAACACAGAGACACCACCCGUUUUUGUUCAAACUGAAGUAGUGCCUACUAAAAUUUAUAAAAUAACAGUGUAA